AGGUGGCGGAAGCUGGGGUUGGUAAAACGCUGGGCGGUGAGGCUGCCCGACUGCCCGGUUUGGCGUCUGGGCCUUGCAGGUAGAGGGGCGGCCCGUGCCAAGCCGCGGGUCCCCUCUCUCCGGCUACCCCCAGUUAUGUCCCCCAGGACCCGAGGACCCCCAGCCGGGCUCGCUUAGAGAAGACGCAGCCGCCCAGCAUUUGGGUCCCUUGCAAGGUCGGCCGCUGGAGAACCGCCGGGCUGAGCGGCCGGGAGAAGCAGGCCACAACCGUCGUCCAGGGCCUCGGCCCGGGGACCCGUGGAGGAUGAGCUGGCUCUUCCCCCUAACCAAGAGCGCCUCCUCCUCCGCGGCUGGGUCCCCCGGCGGCCUCACCAGCCUGCAACAGCAGAAGCAGCGCUUGAUCGAGUCCCUCCGGAGCUCCCACUCCAGUAUAGCUGAGAUUCAGAAAGAUGUGGAAUACAGGUUGCCCUUCACCGUCAACAACCUGACAAUAAACAUUAAUAUAUUGCUUCCUCCACAAUUUCCUCAGGAAAAACCAGUGAUCAGUGUUUAUCCACCAAUACGACAUCAUUUAAUGGAUAAACAAGGAGUAUAUGUUACCUCUCCAUUAGUAAACAAUUUUACAAUGCACUCAGAUCUCGGGAAAAUCAUUCAGAGUCUGCUGGAUGAGUUUUGGAAGAAUCCUCCAGUUUUAGCUCCUACUUCAACAGCAUUUCCAUACCUAUACAGUAACCCAGGUGGGAUGCCUCCUUAUGCCUCUCAGGGUUUUCCAUUUCUUCCUCCGUAUCCCCCACAAGAAGCUAACAGGACUGUCAGCUCUUUAUCUGUUGCUGACACCGUUUCUUCAUCAACGACAAGUCAUACAGCAGCCAAACCUGCGGCUCCUUCAUUUGGCGUACUUUCGAAUCUGCCGUUACCCGUUCCUACCACAGACACUGCAGCACAGAUAAACCAAAAUGGUUUCGGUUACAAGAUGCCAGAUGUCCCUGAUGCAUUUCCAGAGCUCUCAGAACUAAGUGUGUCGCAGCUUACAGACAUGAACGAGCAGGAGGAGAUACUGCUGGAGCAGUUCCUGACUUUGCCUCAACUGAAGCAAAUCAUCAGUGACAAGGACAACUUAGUAAAAAGUAUUGAGGAGCUAGCAAGAAAAAAUUUGCUUUUGGAGCCCAGCUUGGAAGCCAAAAGGCAAACUGUUUUAGAUAAGUAUGAAUUACUUACACAAAUGAAAUCAGCUUUUGAAAAGAAGAUGCAGAGACAGCAUGAACUCAGUGAGAGCUGUAGUGCGAGUGCCCUACAGGCAAGAUUAAAAGUAGCUGCACACGAAGCUGAGGAAGAAUCUGAUAACAUUGCUGAAGAUUUCUUGGAGGGAAAAACUGAAGUGGAUGAUUUUCUGAGUAGCUUCAUGGAAAAGAGAACAAUUUGCCACUGCAGAAGAGCCAAGGAAGAGAAGCUUCAGCAGGUGAUAGCGGUGCACAGCCAGUUCCAUGCUCCGUUGUAGGAUCAUGCCAGUGACGCCCUUGCCAGUGCCCUGGCCUCGGCGUUCCUCCCUCUUGCACAGCACUGGCAGGCUCACCUGCCCGCAGCAGCACCACCGGAUGCUCUGGUCUCUCCGCUCUAGAACCUGUGCCGGCCGCCUACGAUGACAGCAGCAGCACCGUGUUUUUCCCUCUGGUUUUAAAGUCUGCUGUAAUCUGACACAUACUUGAGAUUAUCUGGUUUAAUUUUCCAUAUCUUCCCUUAUGUUGUCUCACGUGUCACGUUCUUUUGUCUGCACCAUGUUUCUGUUCAUGGCUUUUCUUGAUCUCCAGACAGCCUUCCCUUCCCUCUCCAUCCGCCUCGUCCAGGGAGUGAUUCGGCUGUAAGGACUGAUUCCCACCCCAGCGAGUUUUAAAUAAAAAGCCGUGUCACUGGGUAACACUGGGAUACAGAACCGAGCCAAGUACAAGAAGUGGAGCUCAGCCACCCGAGAGGAAACACCACCAGAGGCUACAGCAGUCAGGGCUGCUUCUGUCUCUCUCACCCUUUCCAAGACGGCUGGUUUCUCAGCUCUGCAUCCGCUUUUUCCUCUUCGGAGAGCCUUUCUGUACCACACUGCACAGGCUUCAGCCACUGCUGCCCACAGCCUGAUCCUAACAGUCAGGCAGCCGCUGGGGGCCGACAAGGGGCUCGCCGCAAGUCCCUGGGAGGGCACUGGCCCCGGCUGGGGGUGUCCGUCCUGACUCAGCAGUUUGGCUUGGAGAUGGGUGUCACUGGUCCUCUGCCCACUGGACUGGGCUGAAGGAGUGGACUUUGAGAAGGGAGCACGAGAAGGUCCCUAAAAGGGGGAGCAGACUACAGGGAAGGAGAUAACAGGCGUUUCUGUCCCCAGCUCGUCUGCCCCUUCUCUCAUUCUUGCUGUGUUUGCGAUUAGUGCCAAUGUUGAACUGUUUUACAUCUUGCUUUACAAAUCAUACUGUCAGUCCCUGAGGGUACGGGCUGACUUGUAAUAUCCAGUGUGUGUGUCUCACAGGUCGAGAAGAAAGUGGGCACUGAGCAAUUGCUUGUUCAUAGGAACAUGCUGGAAUCCUUCCCCCACCUCUUUUCCCUCAUGGUCAAGUUAUCUUUUUCUAGGUCACUCUUAACGGGAAGAGGAUGGAAAGGGAUGCAAAUUUAUUGUCUUAAAUUAACUCUUAGGCGUUUUUUAAUUUUCUUUU